UUUGCGUUCCAUGCAGAUUACAUCGCAGGUAAGAGGGAUUUUCCAUGGAAACUACGCCUCUACAUAGCCGGUGGCAUCGCGAGAGGCUUGGGUUUCAUAUAUGAGAGGACUAUGGGGAGGGAGAUCAUUCCUCAUGGGAAUCUCAAGCUCUCAAACAUUUUGUUAGGCGAUUCUCUAGAGGCGCUCAUAAGCGAAUACGGUGUUUCGAAGUUCUUCGACCCCAAGGGAGCUUGCAUCCUUGCGUCUAAUGGCUAUGUGGCGCCGGAAAAAUGCUUCUCGGAGCAGGCAGAUGUUUAUAGCUUUGGUGUGAUUAUGCUUGAAUUACUAACAGGCAAGACCGUCGAGACAACCAGAGUAAAUCUUCCAAAAUGGGUCAAGUCCAUGGUUAGAGAGGAAUGGACGGGGGAAGUCUUUGAUAAGGAGGUCAGCACAGCCGCGAAGCAAUGGGCUUUUCCAUUGCUGAACAUUUCUCUGAGGUGCGUGGCCGACGCUCCUGACAAGAGACCAUCUGUCGCAGAAGUUAUAGAGAAGAUAGAGGAGGUGAUCAAUGCGGAUCGAAACCUUCUGGUCUCAGCUUCGCCAAUGCCCUGCGCCGAGAGUAACUAUAAAGAUUGUUGUUUCCUACAUUCUGUUAUACCGGAGACAUGGGAUACCCCGGGAUCAAAUUACUGAAUUGAUCUCGCCGACACGCUUUCCAUCUGCUGUUUUCAUCAGAUUCAUGGGAAGAGCAUGUCCAUCAUGCAGAAAAACAUUUCUCCGUGUCCACGCGUCUCUUUUUAGUUAAGUCUAAGCAGUACGGCAAGUUUCUUCAGAUUAUAGUCCAAUUAGUCUGUCUGUUUACCAUCUGUAUUGGUGAGUGCACUUGAGUUUGUACGCAUGCCUUUUAUGCACAGGUGACA